AUGAGUUCCUCUGACUCUUCUUCCGCGGAAUCUCGUCUAGCCACGGCUAAGACGGUUCUCACAACCGCAGCUUCGGUGGCUGCAACCGCAAUGCUAGCUAAAUCGUUAGUCCAAGAUUAUUUACCUGACGAGGUGCACCAGUACAUCUCUUAUGGCUUUCGCUACUUCUUUGGUUACUUCUCCUCCCAAAUGACAAUAAUCAUUGAAGAAUUCGAAGGGUUUGUUCACAACGAAGUCUUUGAGGCCGCAGAGGCCUAUCUAGCCACCAAGAUCUCUCCUUCUAACAAAAGAAUCAAAGUGAGUAAACACGAGAAAGAAAACAACUACAACGUCACCGUGGAACGUGACGAGGAAGUCAUGGACACCUUCAAUGGCGUCAAGUUCCAUUGGGUCCUCCAUUGUCGCCAUGUCGAGUCCAAGAACUUCCACAACCCGCGAGAUCUGAACUCCACACUCAGAUCCGAGGUCCGAUCAUUUGAGCUCAGUUUUCACAAGAAAUUCAAGGACAUGGCUCUUGAAUCUUACUUGCCAUUCAUGGUGAAAAGGGCCACGCUGGUGAGGAAUGAGAAGAAAACGCUCAAGAUCUUCACUCUCGACCCAGAUUCCAUGUAUGGGACUUACUCGGACGCUUGGACCUCUGUGGUUCUUGACCAUCCUUCUACAUUCAAGACGCUAGCAAUGGAUUCAGAUGUUAAGAGAAAUGUGAUGGAGGAUCUAGACCAGUUCGUGAAGCGUAGGGACUUUUAUAAAAGAGUUGGUAAAGCUUGGAAGAGAGGAUACUUGUUGUAUGGUCCACCGGGCACAGGGAAGUCUAGCUUGAUCGCAGCCAUGGCAAAUCAUCUCAACUUCGAUAUUUACGACCUAGAAUUGACUGCGGUUAACAACAACUCUGAGCUCCGACGAUUGUUGAUUGCCACUGCUAACCGUUCAAUUCUUGUUGUGGAAGAUAUCGAUUGUUCUAUCGAACUGAAAGACAGGACAACCGAUGAAGUUCCCAACGAAGCAGACGAACCUAAUGACCCACGGUACAAAAAAGUAACACUCUCUGGACUGCUAAAUUUCAUAGACGGUCUGUGGUCAAGCUGCGGCGACGAGAGGAUCAUAAUAUUCACAACUAAUUACAAAGAGAAACUUGACGCAGCGUUGUUGAGACCAGGACGCAUGGAUAUGCACAUCCACAUGUCGUACUGCACGCCGAGUACUUUCAAGGCUCUUGCUUCAAACUAUCUAGAGAUCAAAGAUCAUCCCCUUUUCAGCAAGAUCGAGGAAGGUAUUGAGGCAACGGAGGUUAGUCCAGCAGAGGUUGCAGAACAGCUCAUGAGGAAUGACACUGUUGAUAAGAUUCUUGAGGGUUUGAUUGAGUUCUUGAAAAUCAAGAAGAUCGAGAACGAACAAGAUAAGGCCAAAAAAGAAGAGCAAGAUUUGAAGAAGAAUGAAAAGACCAUUAAGGGUAAAGAUUCGAAGGUCAAGAAUAGCCAAGAUGUGGAUGAACAGCUUGUGAGAAAUGACCGUGUUGAUAAGGUUCUUGAGGGUUUAGUCGAGUUAUUAAAAGCCAAGAAGAUUGAGGAUGACGAAGCCAAACAUGUGGAGGCAGCUAGCAUUAACUUGUGA